AGGAGGUGCGGUUGCUGCUGGCCUGCCCGGCCAGACAGCUGCCGCUGUGCUGCUGGAACUGCGGCCCUCGGCGGAGUCCGGCCAGGCAGCUCCUGCGGACUCGAGUCGGUCUGCUGUGGCGCGGCGGCGUGCCUGCAGGGCCGGCAGGCUGCUCUCCCUGAGUCGGCUCUGGGCGCUGGUACUGGCCCUGCUCACAAACAGUUUUGUUGCGCCCCACGCCUUCCCUGAGCGUCUCGGUUCCUUAAGUCCCUCUGAAGUCCCGCUGAGUGCUUCAGCACGCCAAGAGACUGCAGGACUGCAGCUAGGGCCAGGGGUAAGUUUUUUUGUGAAGAAAUGGCAUCCAUCAUUGGCAAUGAAAAGAGUGUGAAUCCUGUGCUCAGAAUAAGUCAACUUGAUGCUCUUGAGCUAAACAAAGCCCUGGAACAACUAGUGUGGUCACAGUUUACCAGCUGUUUUCAUGGAUUUAAACCAGGGGUGUUGGCUCAGUUUGAACCAGAAGUAAAAGCAUUUUUAUGGCUUGUAUUGUGGAGAUUCACUAUAUACUCCAAGAACGCAACUGUGGGACAGGCUAUUCUGAAUAUCCAAUACAAGAAUAACUUAUCUCAGACAGAGAAAUACCAGCCUCUGAGCAAACACCAGAAGUUAUGGUAUCUGAUUUUAACUGUUGGUGGAAGAUGGUUGGAAGAAAGAUGUUAUGAUUUAUUUAGCAAUCAUCAAAUGCAAUCUUUCUGCAAAAUUAAGAGUUGUAUUAACUUUGGAGCUGGACUUCUUAAAUUUUGUGGACUUCUAAAUUUUCUGAUUUUUCUUCAGAAAGGAACAUUUGCAACAUUAACAGAACGCAUUCUAGGAAUUAGGUCAGUUUUUUGCAAGCCACAAAGUGUUCGUCAAAUAGGAUUUGAAUACAUGAACAGGGAGUUAUUAUGGCAUGGCUUUGCUGAAUUUCUGAUCUAUCUGCUGCCGCUUAUAAAUGUACAGAAACUGAAACUUAAAAUUUCUUCUUGCUGCUCACAUAUUUCAGGUCUUUCCAGUAGUAAAAAGACAUUAACAGCUCACUGCAAAGAAUGUUCACUAUGUGGGGAAUGGCCUACCAUGCCUCAUACCAUAGGAUGUUCACAUGUUUUUUGUUACUAUUGUAUUAAAAGCCACUAUUUAUUUGAUAUGUAUUUUACAUGCCCUAAAUGUGGCUCAGAGGUACAGAGUCUUCAGCCAUUGAAAUACAAGGUUGAAAUGACAGAAUUGCACACCUGAUACGAUGUUGAUUUGGUUUUAUACUGUACAUGAAAUAUUAUGUUGAAGAUAUUACUGCAAAAAUUCAGAAAGUAUUGUAAACAGCUUUUGAGAGUUUGCAAUUUGUUGUAACAUACGUCUUUACUGGUCUUAGCAGUUUACUGAGUGAAAGUGCCAACUUGCCUCUUUGAAGGAAUAAAAAGUAAUUUACCAACUCUUCUGCUUUCUCAGACUAGUUGAUCCCACUUUGGUACCCUUAUGUUGCCAAGUCAUUCAUCCUUAGAUCUAGAGUCUGUUAGCCUGCAACUUUCUAACUUCAUGCUGUAUACUUCCUUCAAAGAUACAGAAGAUGCCCAGUAAAUUGUAGCAAUUUAAUGGAUUUUUCUCAAGCUUGUUGUAAAAGCUUCUGUCAUUAACAGCUUAACUAGUAGAUUAAUUUGGUGGGCAAGUCAUCUUGUCAUGCCUAAAUAAUAAUUUUAAAUUCAAAUUUUAAAUUUAAAUUUUAAUUCAGUGUGAGGUUCCAUGGAGAAAAGGAAAAGUGUAAGAUGGAUUGCCAUCUUGGCAGAUUAAGAGUUUUCAUCGUAUUAAAACAACGUAACAGGAUGUACCCAGAAUUGCUUUCUUAUCAAUAGACCAUAAACCCUAAGUGACCCCUCUGGUAGACAUACAGAUACUCCAUAGUGAACAUGUGCCUACAGGUGUUAUACCACUUCCUGUACGAAUACAGUGCACCUUCUAGACUUCCAUGAGGUGACUGAACUACUUUUCUGGCUUAGCCAUGAUCUUCAGUGACGUAUAUAUGACCAUUUUCCUCUACUUUUGUAUAAAGCUGAGGCACACAGUCCAUCAUUCAUUAGAAUGUGGCAGCUGCCCAAGGUAACCCACAGUCUUCUGACUCAGAGACACUGGAGAUAACUGACAGUAUGCUGUCUUUGGGACUUGCCACUCUUUUGGUGUUUUAUGUGUGUGGUCAAGGUGGAUGCCAGACCUCAGUAAUGGCUCACUGCUGCACCAAAAAAAUAUCAAUACAGUUAUGUGCAUAUAGACACGUAAAAAAAAAAAAAAAAAGAUAUUCCUGGUUUUCACUGUUACUAUUUGCUUCGUCUGUCAGCUUUGCAAUGUUGUUAUUAUCCCGUUUUAACACUAUCAAUUUAUUCUUUGACCUGGUUCUGUAUGAGUUAUUUUCUUAAAAAUCGCAGUCCUUUUUUUUUAACAGGAAGUCUUGCCCAGAAAUGUGUCAUUAACAAAAA